GGCGUGAACACCGGCCUGUGGAUAAAACGUCUGGUGUUAUCCGUUGUAGCGGCCCUGUAUUUCUGUUACUUCGUCGCUGUUCUGGCAAUACAUACAACUGUUGAGGAAGGCCGGUACUGGUGCGACGGCGACGGCCUCCUCAUCAUCAUCACCUUCCUGGUCCUCCUCGGCCUCUUCUACUUCCAGAUCCUUAAGCCUUACUUCGGCAGAACCAUCUACAAGACCGUCCUUAAACCCAUUGGAAUCCUCUUCGAAAAGGCUUGGCGCUUCAGAGUGUUGCGUCUCGGGGUGUACGUGGGCCUCCUCCUGAUCGUGUUCCUGUUCCUUCUCGUGGACGCCUGGCACGAGACUCAUCGCCUUAUCUCGCUGUUCGGACUCUUUGUGCUCCUUUUCCUCGGCUUCAUCUUCUCCAAGGCACCGCGCAAGGUGAGAUGGCGCCACGUGGCCUGGGGAAUGGGGCUGCAGUUCCUUCUGGGAAUCAUCAUCCUGCGAUGGCCGGUGGGGAAGGCCGUGUUCGAAUGCGCGGGCGACAAGGUGUCCGCCUUCCUCGCCUUCACGGACAAGGGCUCUGGCUUCGUUUUCGGCGACUUGGUGAAUAAGCAGUUCGUUUUCGCAUUUAAGGUGUUGUCUGUGAUCCUGUUCUUCAGCUUCUGCAUCCAGAUCCUGUACUACUGGGGCGUCAUGCAGUGGGUCGUCAUCAAGUUAGGCUGGGUCCUGCAGGUCACCGUCGGCACCACCGCCUGCGAGAGUGUCAACGCCGCUGCCAACAUCUUCCUCGGGCAGACCGAAGCCCCCUUGCUGAUCAAGCCGUACCUGCCGCUCAUGACCGAGUCGGAGCUGCACGCUGUCAUGACGGGCGGCUUCGCUACCAUCGCCGGCUCCGUCCUGGCCGCCUACAUCUCCUUCGGCGUCGACCCCGCCCACCUCCUGUCCGCCUCCGUCAUGAGCGCUCCCGCUGCCCUCGCCUUCUCCAAGCUCUUCUAUCCUGAGACGAAGGUGUCGAGAACGGGCGUCAAGGACAUCAAAAUCGAGAAAGGAGAGGAGACCAACUGGCUGCACGCCGCCAUGAUCGGCGUGACCAACGCCAUCCCGCUCGUGGCCAACAUUGCCGCCAACCUCAUCGCCUUCUACGCCUUCAUCGCCUUCUGCAACGGCGUCUUCGACUGGACCUGCACGCUGGCUGGGGCACAGGAGGGCACGUGUUCACUGGAGUCCCUGUUCGGGUGGAUCUUCAUGCCCCUAGCAUGGGUGAUGGGCGUGGAUUGGGCGGAGUGCGAGAAAGUGGGCGAGCUGAUCGGCAUCAAGUCCAUCGCGAACGAGUUCCUAGCGUACCAGAGGCUCUCCGAAAUGAAGAAGAACGGCGAUCUGUCGAGACGCGCCGAGAUCAUUGCCACGUACGCCCUGUGCGGCUUCAGCAACCUCAGCUCCAUCGGCAUUAACCUGGGCGGCUUCAGCGCCAUGGCCCCCGGCAGGAAGGCCGACCUGGCCAAGGUCGUCGUGAGGGCCAUGAUUGCCGGAAGCGCGGCCUGCUUCCUCACUGCCUGCGUGGCCGGCACUCUGCUGAGCGACGGUGCGCACGGCGGCGCUGCGACGGCCAUCAACGGAACUCAAGCGGCGUUCACGUAAUUCGACCGUUGUUGGGUCUGCUUUAACGUGGAAAAGUUGGCGUUUUGUAGUAUGCAUCGUAGCUGUGUCUUCAGUGCUAGCAAUACUUGUACAGAGGAUGGUAUUUAUAUGAAUAUUGUUUGUGGUGCUAAAAAUGAUGCCCUAAGGAUCUCUGGAAAAUCCUUGCAGAAUGGUCCGCAUUAUAAGUUAGGAGUAAACAAAAAACGAGAAAGCUCUUAGGACGUUUUGGACGCUAUUUUAUGACUGCCAAGUUGCCGACAGAGGGAUUUACAAGUCUGCUAGCUCAGUAUAAAAGAGAAAUGAGUAUGUGAGUUUUCAUUUGGGUUUUAAAACAGUAUUGUAAUGGUUAGGCACAUAGAAUAUUUUCUAAUCUGAUUUUCAAAUAUAGCCUGUCAACAUGUGGAAUGCACUAUACAGAUGCAGAUGUUUUCUGCCUUGUUAAGUUUGGAAAAAGUUUGUACAUAUGUAUAUCUUUUCAUAAGAAAAGCAUAUAUGAGUAUUUCCUCAAGUGCAGAAAUGUUUGCGCUCAAUUUUGUACAUUCCGAUUUUAUAUAUUCCGGUCCAUACAUUCCAUUAGAUAUAAUUUUAAAGUUUAUUCUUUUACCUCGAAUAUUUUUUUUGCAUAUACUCAAGUAUAUUUUUAGAUCAGUGGCUCCCAGCCAGUAGGGCGCGAAGCCUCGAUAGAAAAAAAUAUUGUAAGCCAGUUUAAUAGGCGUUCGUCAGUGUCCAUGAUAAGAAUAUACUAUUAAACCAUGUUUUCAAGGAAUAUAAUAUUAUGAUUAGGUGGAUAAGGACUGCUGAUUUUUUCUCUUUGCCUAAAAAUAUGUAAUUUAAAGGUUGUGAAACACUAUUUUUGAUAAUACGAUAUGCUAUGUACAGAUAUUAUAUAUUAUAUAUUAUGUAUUAUAUAUUAUGUAAAGACUGCUGAAUAUUUUUUCUCUUCGCCUAAAAACGUGUAAUUGAAAGGUUGUGAACAACUAUUUUUGAUAAUACGUCUUGUAAAUAUUUUGAGACUACGAAUCUCAUUAUGGAAUAAAUCUUUUAUUAUACGUGAUAUGAUGUGUACAGAUAUUACAGAUGUAUAUUCAAGAGAAUAUAUUUAUAUGUUUUAAUUCAUAUUGCCUUUAUUGUGGUUGUUAUUUCAAGAAUGAACUGGAUUACUUGCCUGUUUUUUUUUCCAACUUCAUUUUUUUCUUAUUUUAUUAUUGUCAGCCUCAAAUCCUCAGUUCUUAUUUUUCUACAUCUGUCCUUAUGUACAUCCCUGUAUGUAUUAUGCAUAGUGUACUUUAUAAACGCAUGAUCAGUAACACGGAAUACAAUAGGUACCCAGCGUCAACUACAUUUUUUUUUUUUUUUUUUUAGAAAUUUACAUGUACAAGUAUACAAGUGUACAAGUAUUUAACGGUAAGAUAUUUUACUAACAUUUGUAACUUGUGCAUUCUGUUAAUAAUAGGUAUAGUGUGCACUGAAUUCUAAAAUUGGCCGAAGGAAAAACGAAGCAAAUCUGGAUGAAAUACACAUAGUUUUAAAUGUAGGAAAAAUCCUAAGAACGACCAUGUAAAUAGAGACUUGAAUUUUAAUAGUCCUGGAGUGUGUAUAUAUAACUUCGUUUAAGUUAGCGAAGUCCUUCGGGUUUUUUUUCUUCUGACUUUUAGCUGUUGUAAAUAUUAUAUUUAUAGACUGAUUGUUCCUGAAUAAAUAAAAAAAUUGUUCAAUGAUAAA